GAUGAGAUUAACAACAAGACGGAGAAGUAAAAGUUAUCAGUCAGCGCUCAGGUUUAGUCUCAGAGCUCAGUUUACUUGUGUUCUGUCUGGACUCCAGCAUGUAGUCCGUUGUUAUUUACACACUUUAGGCCUCGUGCCUUGUUGUAGCUCUGUUCUUUUAUGCACUUAGCUCAGCUAGCCGUCAUGCUAACCAGGAAAUUCGGGGAGCUUCCUCAGCCAAAGCGCCUUACAAGAGAGGCAAUGCGUAAUUACUUGAAGGAGAGAGGAGAUCAGACGGUGCUGAUAUUACACGCAAAAGUUGCACAGAAAUCGUAUGGCAAUGAAAAGAGGUUCUUCUGCCCGCCUCCGUGUGUGUACCUGAUGGGCUGCGGCUGGAAGAAGAAGAAGGAGCAGAUGGAGAGAGAGGGCUGCUCGGAGCAGGAGGCACAACCCUGCGCAUUUAUUGGCAUCGGGAACAGUGAGCAGGAAAUGCAGCAGCUCAACCUGGAGGGCAAGAACUUCUGCACAGCCAAAACGUUGUACAUAUCUGACUCAGACAAGAGGAAGCACUUCAUGCUGACGGUGAAGAUGUUCUACGGGAACAGUGCAGAAAUCGGCGUCUUCCUUAGCAAACGCAUUAAAGUAAUCUCCAAACCUUCCAAGAAGAAACAGUCUUUGAAGAACGCAGAUUUGUGUAUAGCGUCAGGCACUAAAGUGGCUCUGUUUAAUCGGUUACGCUCUCAGACAGUCAGCACCAGAUAUCUCCAUGUAGAGGGAGGAAACUUCCAUGCCAGCUCUCAGCAGUGGGGGGCCUUUUACAUCCACCUGUUGGAUGAUGACGAGUCUGAGGGGGAGGAGUUUACAGUGAGAGACGGAUACAUCCACUAUGGUCAGACCGUUAAACUAGUGUGUUCAGUCACAGGCAUGGCUUUACCGAGGCUGAUAAUCCGUAAGGUGGAUAAGCAGACAGCACUGAUGGAUGCAGAUGAUCCUGUGUCGCAGCUUCACAAGUGUGCAUUUUACCUGAAGGACACGGAGCGCAUGUACCUGUGUCUCUCUCAGGAACGUAUCAUCCAGUUCCAGGCGACACCGUGUCCCAAAGAAACAAACAAAGAGAUGAUUAAUGACGGCGCAUCAUGGACUAUCAUCAGCACAGAUAAAGCCGAGUACACAUUCUACGAGGGCAUGGGCCCUGUCACACACCCUGUCACACCUGUACCAGUGGUUGAGAGUUUACAGCUGAACGGAGGGGGUGAUGUGGCCAUGUUGGAGCUGACUGGUCAGAACUUUACUCCAAACCUCAGAGUGUGGUUUGGUGAUGUGGAGGCAGACACUAUGUACAGGUGCGGUGAGAGUGUUCUCUGCGUGGUUCCUGAUAUCUCUGCAUUCCGUGAGGGAUGGCGUUGGGUUCGGCAGCCCGUCCAGGUUCCCGUCACUCUGGUGCGCAGCGACGGCAUCAUCUACUCUACAGCACUCACAUUCACUUACACACCUGAGCCAGGGCCACGCCCACACUGCAGUGCAGCGGGUGCCAUCCUGCGCUCGGGCUCUGCCUCCUCGCCAUCCUCAUCCUCUUCAUCCUCCUCUUUGUCUUCAUCUUCAUCGAGCCAUAUUCUGCAGUCGAGGCUCGACAGUCAGGCUGGAUUCCCGACAUCUGGCGGCGUUUCUUCCUCGUCCUCUUCCUCCUCUGCCAUGUCCGUGUCCUAAUGUGUGGCGAUGAAAGGCAAAUUUAAUUCCCCACCUUUCGGAUUCUCCAGUAAAGGACAACUAUGUUGCUGAAUGGAUGAAACUCUGAGAGAAAAAUCAAACUCAAGACCAGCUCUUUUCUUUAUUUUUUUUUUCUUUCACGGAAAUAAAACGAAACUAAUCACGGCUUUUGCCAAACCGUAAAAACACGGGAAGAAAAAUCUUCAGAAGGGCUUCGACGCUCCAACAUGGAAGAAAAAAGUUAUCACAUAGUAAUAUAGUUUUCAAGGACCAAGGAAUAUUAUUAUUAUUUUUUAUUGAUGUAUAAUUUUAUAAGCUUUAGCUAAGGUACAUUUUUCACCUUUUUUUUUUCUUUUUUGAUUUUAUAACAUUUAGUAACCUUUUGUUACCAAAUAGUUUUGUAUAUUUCUCAUGAGCGUUUGUGCUCAGAAGUUUUAAAAAAAAAAAAAAGGAAGAGUUUGUACGGUUUUACUCGCCCGAGCUCUCUGUCAUAGCUGCCUUUAAUCCUUGUUGAUGACUGCCUUAAAUUUUCUGGACUCGUGCCGGCGUUUUUACUUCUUUAUUUUGUAAUACUGUUUUUACAUCAUGAAUAUUUGCCCUGUUUUUUUUUUUCUUUUUCUAAACUGAAGUGUAAUAUUGUGUGAGAUAUUUGGGAGAAGGUGGUUUUGUUUGUUUGUUUGUUUUUUAACCACACGAAAGCUUUAACUGACUCAUCCUGUCGCCGAGUGAUAGUCUGACCGAUCACAAACUGCCCCAGAUGUUUCUGCCCUUUCUUACUGCCAAAAAAAUCUUCACCUUCCCCACGUACCAGCUUGGGUAAUGCACUUAGAGCUCAAGAGCAUGAAGCAGAGCUCAUCACUUCAGAGGCUUUUGUUAGAUCCUGAUCAUCACUGUGAUGUUUUUAAACCCUCCACUGAUUCUUGGUGUUCAGAGCUCGUGUCACGCAGCCUGGAGACUUUACCCUGAUACGAUAAACACCACAUGGGAUGAAAGUUUGCUUCCAGUAAGUCGAGACAGACUCAGUGCUUUUACUCUUUCAGACCUGGUUCAUGAGCAUGUGGUCUCCUGCCCACACUCAAUCUAACAGUCAUGCAGCAGACUAAUGAUCAUCUCGAGUCCAGACCUCGGUCUGCGUUAUGGAUUAGCUAAAUUCAGACAGAAAUGUUUUUAAAACUCAGAAACACAAGACAGGUGACAUCCAGAACUUUGUAAUGUAAAACUGGAACUAGACUUAGAGCAG